AUGGCGACACGACGACUUGCGACAAACGGUGCUGUUACCGCUCUGCGCGGGGGAACUUCCCGACUUACGAGUUCGGGCUCGGCUACUAUUCCUACAACUACAUAUAUACUGCAAGCUCCGUUCGGCACGACUUCUUUGGGUCCACAGGCUACGAGGGGGGCAGUGGGAGCGGGAGCGGUUGCGCGACCACAGUUGUUUCGGCGCAUCUCCCCUAUAAGCGUCCGGUGGUCCUCGGAUUCAGCAGCCGAGAGUAAGAUAUGGAAAUUUGAAGAGAUCAAAGCUGCUUUGUCCACCCCAACGUCCACCCCCAAAGUAACCAUAAUCGAUACCCGCGAGCCCUCCGAGCUAUCCUCAACUGGCCGCAUCCCCGGCGCCCUCAACAUCCCGAUCGCCAGCGCGCCGGACAGUUUCCACAUUCCGGCAGACGAGUUCGCCGACCGAUUCGGGUUCGAGCGGCCGGCGCCUGAUAGCGACGGGCCGGUGGUGUUUUACUGCAAGGCUGGCGUGCGCAGUCGAGCUGCCGCGCAGAUCGCGCGCGAGGCGGGCUGGAAGAAUGUGGGUGAGUACCCUGGGAGCUGGCUGGAUUGGGUGCGGAGGGGGGGCGAGAUUGAGCGGUAG